GUGUUGGUGAUGUUAUUAUCGACAAAAGAUUUCUCAAGCAGUUUCUCUCCAAAUUUUUAGUGAAAACAUUUCCAAAAAUAAUUUUAUUUCCAGCUAGUUUUUUGUGAUUACGAUUGUUAAAAGUGGACUCUUGAUACGGAACUUUGUGAUCAGUGGUUUUGUUCCCAGUUCUGGUUUGUUUGGUGGUGGAAAUUGGAAAAUAUUUUUUAAUCUGUGGACUCCCUUUGAUAGUGCAGCCUCAACUUUCUCGAAGGUUAUACAAUUUUGACCAAAAUGACGCAAAUGAGCCAAGAGGAAAUAGUCUCAAACACAAAAACAGUUCUUCAAGGUUUGGAGGCACUAAGGGUGGAACAUUUAACCCUCAUUUCAAACCUUACCGACGGAAACAAAAAAGACCCAGACAAGUCGGAAAUUGUUAUGAAAAAUAUUGAAAACAUCGAAUUGGGUUUAGGAGAGGCACAGGUGAUUGUCGUGCUCGCUUCUCAUCUUCAAAAUAUUGAAGCUGAGAAGCAAAAGUUACGUACUCAAGUUCGGCGGCUAUGCCAGGAAAAUGCUUGGCUCCGAGAUGAAUUAGCUAAUACACAACAGAAGCUUCAGUCUUCAGAGCAAACCGUUGCACAGCUAGAAGAAGAGAAGAAACAUUUGGAGUUUAUGGCAUCCGUAAAAAAGUACGAUGAUAACCAGGAAAAUGAGGAACAACAAGAAAAAUCCCGAUCAGAUCCUGUGGUAGAACUUUUCCCGGAGGACGAAUCCGAAGAAAGACAUAAUAUGUCUCCGACACCGCCGAACCAGUUUGCGAAUCACGCCAAUGCAGGCUACGAAAUUCCAGCACGAUUGAGAACAUUGCACAACUUAGUUAUCCAGUACGCCUCGCAAGGUCGCUACGAGGUAGCGGUUCCACUUUGCAAGCAAGCUCUGGAAGACUUGGAGAGGACCAGUGGCCAUGAUCAUCCGGACGUAGCCACCAUGCUUAAUAUUUUGGCCCUAGUAUACCGAGAUCAGAAUAAAUAUAAAGAAGCUGCAAAUCUGCUUAAUGAUGCAUUGGCAAUUCGCGAGAAAACAUUGGGUGAAAACCAUCCAGCAGUAGCUGCAACACUUAACAAUCUAGCUGUUCUCUAUGGAAAACGUGGAAAAUAUAAGGAUGCUGAACCGCUUUGCAAGAGAGCUUUGGAAAUCCGUGAAAACGUACUUGGCAAAAGUCACCCAGACGUCGCAAAGCAGUUGAAUAAUUUAGCACUACUCUGUCAGAACCAGACAAAGUACGAAGAAGUAGAGAUGUAUUACCAAAGAGCCUUGGACAUAUAUGAAAUGAGGCUUGGUCCCGAUGACCCGAAUGUCGCCAAGACCAAAAAUAAUCUGGCUAGCUGCUUUUUGAAACAAGGCAAGUACAAGGAGGCAGAAAUUUUGUACAAACAGGUCUUGACCCGGGCUCAUGAGAGGGAAUUUGGGGCAAUUAACGGCGAAAACAAACCUAUCUGGCAGGUUGCCGAGGAAAGAGAAGAAAACAAGUCAAAAAAUCGAGAAAACACACCCUACGGAGAGUAUGGAGGUUGGCAUAAAGCUGCUAAAGUUGACUCUCCCACUGUCACAACGACGUUGAAGAAUCUGGGAGCGCUUUACAGACGACAGGGAAAAUACGAAGCGGCCGACACGCUAGAGGAUUGCGCUUUACGUAGCAAAAAAGAGGCGCUGGAUUUAGUGAAACAGUCAAAGGUUGCGAAAAUUCUGGGAGUGUCCGAUGAAAAUAGGCGUCAACGGAUGAAGGACAGUGAUAGCUAUGACGAGGAAGGAAAGCGAUCUCAAAAAUAGAUCAAUGGUUUAACCUACAACUAACUACUGCUUCUACCAGCAUGCAAGUUUUCACAAACGUCAGUAUUGGCACUCUGUUUUUUUUUUGUUUUAUGUUUUACGAAAGUUGUGAAAAAUAUGCUUGAUAUUUAUGUCGAUUUUUUUUUGCUUUUAUUGUGUUCCAUUUAGUGGCAUGUCGUGAUUACAAAAUAAACAAAAGUGUAUCUUAACAAUGUGGUUAUUUCAGCAUCAGUUUUCCAAUUUUCCUUAUCGAUAUUUGAUACGAUAAUGAUAACCUAUUAUACUGCCGUCAUACACAUAUUUGUCCCAUGUUUGCUGGGAUUUCCUAUGUACAUGGGACAAUUAUGCGUAGAACGGUAGUAUAGGUUAUGUACAAUAAGGAAUUUUCACAACAAUUAUCAGUUUGUUGUGUGUUUGAUUCGGAUUAUGUAUACAUAUAAUAUGAAUUAAUUCGAAAAACUUUUAAACAAGCGUUAUUAGUAAUUGUCUCAACUCAAAUCUGAUCACGCAGCCUAAUAAAUAUUUGUGACAUAUAUUUUGUUUAUCAAAAUCCAACAAAUAUUACAAGAUUAGUCCCGGAAGUUUCUACGUAAAAUUCAACAUGAUUUUGGAGUGAAUUAUCACCUUUCCAGUUCAUAUAACAACAUUCCGCAAGAACUAUUAUAGUGGAUUUGAUGGUGAGCAUGGUAAAAUAUAUGAAUUUGUUAUCAGCCUCGAACACGCCAGUGAAUAUUUUUAAAAUAACCGUCGGUAUUCUGCUUAUGUAAAGCUCAUAGUCUCACUACGCUAUAAUAUGCUAUUCAGACUACGAGAGUAACUUGAUGUCAAAGUUCAUAUAACUGAUUUUCAAUGGAAGAUAUGUGUAUAUGACAUUUCAUGUCAAGAUACAUUUUAUCAAAAGCCCGUUGUCUAUAGGCUUUUAUUUCACAAUCGGAUUGAUCAUAACGAGUCAUACGGUUCAAAGCUAACGAAUAGAAUCGUGGCUUGUAUGGAGUAGAUUUCUUGAUAGUAGCAAUGAAAAGUCUUGCCGAUAUUACAAACAGAAUAAAUUUCUUCUUCAAUGUUCUACCUAUACACAGCAUAAUAGUGAUCAUAGGAUUAUUAUUUAUUUAUAUUUAUAUUAUGUUUAUUAGAUAAUGUUAAUUAAAAUCUUAUCCUUUUAUGAGGCGAUGUUUCAUUAAUGAAGAAGUAUAAAAAUAUAAUGGCGACCUAAUAAAAGAAACAAAUUAUACUAUAUUUUAAAAGGUGCGGUCAUUGAAGGAUUGUACUUUUGUGAUAGAAAUUUUGUUUAAAAAAACAUGGAAGCAUAGGAAUUAAAUGCAUUCUUAAUAUUUGGCCUGUGAAUAUCGAUCGAUGCUACUUUGGAUUGCUGUUUGAAUAUUUAAACAUCCUGGAAUUUUGAAACGGUGUUGUAUUUUAUUGUCUUUUUUGCAUGGAAUUGAUUUGAAAGCCCAAUUAAAUGGAACACAAUGCACAACUGCAGGUUGGUGUGAAAUAAUAUGCCAAAGCUUAAAAUUCAUCAAAAGUAACCAUUUAGCAUAAUCUAAAUAUAAAACAUACCUUUAACAUAUUUGCUGUUUUGCAGUUCUUGAUUUCCUAUCAUAUCUGCUUUAAAUGACAAAUUGCAGAUGGUCAAUUUAGGUAAUAAUAAUACGCACUUAAUCAGUAUCCGGUUAUGAACAGGUCAUUUAUUCUAAUUGACCAAACAUAUUUUGGGCUGUGCUUAAAUUAAAACUGAGAGUUUCAAAUACUAAUGCAACUGAAAGCUAUGCUUGAUUUUUCGAAAUUUCAAUGUGCUUUUUGACACAACAGUGUAUGCAGUUUGUAAAAUCCAUAUCCGAGUUACAUAGCAGGUCUAAUUAAUCAUCGUUUCAUCCAAUCACCACCUCCUAAGCAUCAACUUAUGGGCCUGCGGCUGCGUUUGUGAAAAUUUGAAAACUAGAAGGAAACAUUCUCAGAAAUAGAUUUAUAAAGUAUUUAGAGGCACAUUUUGGUGCAAUAUUAAUGACAAAACGAGAACACUAUUAUUUUACCUAUCUCUCUUUCUGCUUUAAAAAUUGUUUGAAAAAAAUACACAAGUAAUCAAUCACAACUACAUCCGGAUCGUGACAUCUAAAUUGAACACAAAAGAACGUUCAGACCGCCACAUAAAGUGAAAUAAAUAAUAAUUACUAAAAUCUAA